UUGCUCGGAGCGCGCGACAGACGUGCAGCCAGCGCCGGGGCGUCCAGCUAACUCGCAAACAUUUUUAUAACCCGAGCACGCGUCAGACAUGGGAAACGGCGGUGGGACUGGCGAUAAGACGAAGACGAAGGCGACAGGAGGGCUCACCGGUCGCGAAUCCUCCUCCUCCAGCCACGCCUCGAAACGGCGUCGGGGCCUGCGCGGCGAGUCCAUGGCUGAUCGCUUCAUUCCCAAUGACUUUCCUGACUUCGUCGCCGAGGCUGAGGCCUCCGACGGCGAGGGGCACCGCCCCGCAGGGCAUCGGGGCCUGCUCUCGCUUCCGUACACCAGGCUCUCCGACCACUUCGUCCGCGCCGCGCGCCGCCUCAAGGACAAGGUGGUUGAGGAGACGUGGGUGAAAGCCGGACGGAAGGUGACGGACUACACGCUCUACACGGGCUCUCUCGGGACAGCGCUGCUGCUGUUCAAGUCCUUCCAGGUCACUGGAGACCGCGGGGACCUCGCCCUCGCCGCUGAUAUCGUCCGCGCGUGCGAUGAUGCAUCGCGGGGCCUGCCGCGCAGGUUCUUGACAUUCAUAUGCGGGAGGGCGGGUGUCUGCGCUCUUGGGGCGGUGAUUGCCAAGCAUUGCGAUGAUCAGCUGAGGGUCACUCAGUAUCUGAGCUCCUUUGAUGAGAUAACAAUCACCGAGAAAGUUCCAAAUGAGUUGCUGUAUGGAAGGGCAGGCUAUCUGUGGGCUUGUUUGUUCUUGAAUAAGCAUCUCAGCGAGAAGACGAUCCCUCUCGAUCACAUUAAUUCUGUGGCGAAGGACAUUAUUAAUGAGGGAAGAGGUUUUGCAAGCAAGGGGAGUAGCCCUCUGAUGUACGAAUGGCAUGGGAAGAAAUACUGGGGGGCUGCGCAUGGUCUUGCUGGAAUCAUGCACGUGCUAAUGCACACCGAACUGAAACCAGAUGAGCAGGAUGAUGUAAAGAACACCCUGCGGUAUAUGAUCAAGAACAAGUUUCCUAGUGGCAAUUAUCCCUCAAGUGAAGGCAAUGAAUCAGAUCACUUGGUGCACUGGUGUCAUGGUGCCCCAGGUGUUGCUCUUACCCUUGCUAAAGCAUAUGAGGUCUUCCAUGAUGAUUAUUUCGAGCAAUCAGCUGCAGAGGCUGCUGAGGUUGUCUGGAACCGAGGGCUUCUGAAGAGAGUCGGAAUAUGCCACGGUGUAAGCGGGAAUGCCUAUGCGUUUCUCUCACUCUACAGGCUAACCGGUAAUGUUGAGUACCUCUACCGGGCAAAGGCUUUUGCCUGCUUUCUUCUGGAGAAAGCUGAUCAGUUGAUAGCCGAGGGGGCCAUGCAUGGUGGUGAUCGCCCGUUUUCACUGUUUGAAGGGAAAGCUGGGAUGUCAUACCUCCUCUUGGACAUGGUUGAUCCAUCUGAAUCAAGGUUCCCUGCGUAUGAACUUUGAGAUAUACUAUUACCCUGCGACUUGUGAGGCUGUUCGAUGAUCCAUCAGUCACGAAAACUCUGUUUGUAUUUUCUCGUCUAGUAUGUGAUGUGUGCUUAGACCUCGGUGGUCUGUUGUGUUUGUAGAUUUGGCGUUCGUGAUGUUGCAAACUUGAAUCUUCUGUGAAGUAUGUGUGACCAUCACAUUCUGCUAAAUAGAUUAUAAUCUCAAACAAACA